AUGCCGGCAAAACUCAGUGGUGGCCAUACAGCUUCAGUGCUUUCUGUCGAUGUCCAGUUGCAGACAGGUCAAGUGGUGUCUGGCGGUGAAGGAGGCGAGCUCUGUGUUUGGUCCAAAGAUGGCCUGUUGAAAGAAAAAGUGUCCAGGCCCAAUACUGACUGUACAUCUGUAGUUUUUUCUAGAGAGAACCCAAACUUGAUCUACGCAGCGUUUGGGGAGGAGGUGCUGGUCCUAGACCACUCAAGGAUACAAGAACCCGUCCAUGUGUUUCAUAGCAACCAGGAUGAAAUCAACCAGGUCAAGCUGAAUGAGAAUGAGCAUUUUUUGGCUGCUUGUGAUGAUGCUGGGGAGGUCAAAGUUUUCGGGCUACAGAAUAGAAAAGAGUUCAAAACUCUUAGGCUGAAACACACAAACAUUUGUUCCACUGUAGUGUUCCGUCCAGGUUACCCUUGGGAACUCAUCAGCGGUGGUUUGGAUUGUCGGUUAGUGCACUGGGAUUUCUCCAAACCUAAAUGUCUAAAUCAGUUCAACAUGCAGGAGCUUCAUGCAACCCCUGGUGACUCCCCAUAUUUCAUUAACCCUCCAUUUCUGCACCAUCUGGCAGUGUCUCCGAACGGCAGCUCCUUAGCUUGUGCAUUAGAGAAUGGCCAGAUACCCAUCCUGAACAGCAGCCAGAAGAACCUGCAGCCAAAGUAUGCCUUAUUUGGACACUCUCAAGGGGUGUCCCAAGUUCAUUUCUUGACAGAUGAUAUUCUGCUGACUGGCGGCAAUGAUUCAGUUGUCAUCCAAUGGGAUCUGUCAAAGGCUGACCUCUACCAGCCUGGUGCUGUCUACAUGAAUGGAGAUGGCGCAGCUGCAAGUCCAGAAGAGGAAAAGUGCCUGGCUAUAACUCAGUUGUGUAAUGUUUCGACGUACACACAUACAAACAAGAUCAACUGGAUGUCCUCGUACACCACUGAUGGAGACAGAUAUUUGUAUGUGGCAGAUCAGACUUCAGAUGUCUCACUUAUACAUUUGUCUUGA